AGGUAGUCACCGUCAUUAAUUUAAAAAAGUUGUUUAGAUCUGCCAUAUUCAAAAAUAUAGUAGCUACUCACAGAUAAAAAACCUACUAAAAAAUUGCAAGGGCUUAAAAUCUUAUUUAUUCUAAUUUAGACAACGCCUACAUAAGCUAGCUAUUUAUUUGAUGAAAAGUUUGCUUUCUUAAACUUUAUUUAUUUUUAUAUUAUUGAUUUUAUAUUUCGGGAAAGCUUAUUAACUUUGGUAGUUAUGGAAGUUUUUCCCUUUAUUUACAGAGCAACACCAAAAUCAUCGCAAGAGUGACGUAUGAACGGCCGAAGAAACGAAAACGAAAGAAAAGCCUUUCUGUGCCGUUGUUAUCUUCUAAUAAUUCUGAAGAAUGGAGACAAACGGCCAGGCUAAUGGGCUUAAAUCUAAAAAGAAAGAUAACAGCGACGUAAAGGACAAUUUAUGGUCUUCGAUCUUAGAGGAAGUUCAGAAUCAAGGGAACACAAAACUACCUUCUAACAAAAAUGUUUUAGUUUUGGGUGACAAUGAGACUGGCAAAACAACUCUAGUAGCAAAAUUACAAGGUGUAGAAGACCCCAAAAAAGGGUCGGCUCUCGAAUAUGCAUAUAUAGACGUUAGAGAUGAAUACAGAGAUGAUCACACACGUCUCAGUGUAUGGGUGCUGGACGGUGAUCCAGGCCACACAAAUCUGCUCAAGUUUGCACUGAACGAGGAAACAUUCCCACAUACCCUGGUGGUGCUCACAGUGGCCAUGACCACACCAUGGGGUAUACUAGACCAAUUGCAAAGCUGGGCCUCUGUGCUUGGUGAUCAUAUAGACAAAUUGGAUCUCACACCAGAAGAUAGAUUAAACAGUAAAAAGCAACAAGUGCAAAAGUGGCAAAGGUACACAGAGCCCGGCGACGAGCUGGAGGCUUCGGCGACAUCUCCCAUGAAGCGAUCGUCACGGAACCUUUCGGAUGACCUGGAGAACGGAGACGACGACGACUGCCCCCUGCCAGAGGCGGUGCUUACCACCAAUCUGGGGCUGGACAUCGUUGUCGUGGUCACCAAGACUGACUAUAUGAGCACACUCGAGAAAGAGCACGAUUACCGCGACGAACACUUCGACUUCAUGCAGCAGUGGAUCCGAAGGUUCUGUCUACAGUACGGCGCUGCUUUGUUCUACACCAGCGCUAAGGAGGACAAGAAUUGUGAUCUGCUGUAUAAAUACCUCACGCAUAGGAUAUAUGGCUUGCCGUUUAGGACGCCCGCGCUUAUUGUUGAGAAAGACGCUGUGCUUAUACCCGCUGGUUGGGAUAGUAUGAAAAAAAUUAGCAUAUUAUAUGAAAACAUGCAGUCGUGUAAACCAGACGACUACUACAGAGACGUCAUUGUGCAGCCCGCUAUACGGAAAAGUGGCACCAGUCGCGAGGCGGAAGUACAAGCUGAAGACGAGCAAGCUUUCUUACAACGUCAGUUGGCCGCGCUACAAGCCGGCACUCCCGCGCCGCCCCGCGCCGACUCACCGCUGCGGGCCACGCACCGGGCGCAGGCGCAGUUGGACGGCGCGAAGAUAGGCAUGGGCCCGGGCACGCCCGGCAACGAAGGCGUCCUAGCCAACUUCUUCAACUCUCUGCUUUACAAGAAGACGGGAACGCCCGGAAGAGCGGCCGACCCCUCCCCCGCCGCUGCCGCCGCCCGCUCCGACGCCGCGGCGGAGUUAGACCGCCUCACGCGCGCCAAGCCGCGCCCCCCCGCCCCGCCGCCGCUCGACCUCAACUCCUCCUCCGAGUGCUAGCGUAAUGUAUACAGCGACGACGUUACCCGCGCCCUCUGACGGCCGCGUCACGGCUCCGUCACGGCCACGUUCAGUUCGCGUCACGCCCGCGUCCCGCUUUCAAAACGUAACUAUACAAUCCACGCGCACGGAAAUACCUCACCAACGCGUAAAACUUCAUACAAAUCGGCUGCUGUUACACCAAUCAGACGGCAACUGUUUAUCGACCAAAACAGAACCAUGGCAAUAUUUAUCGAUAGGCUAUUUGACGGCAUCAAAAAGAAAUCUUUUUUUUUACAUAAAUAGAUUCAGUGACAUUAAAUUCUUUCUUCUAUAAAAUAAUGAAAAACGAAAGCUCUGAACAGUUUCUUGACAGUUACACUCUGACGCCAUGUAAACUGUGUUUGCUAUGAUGUCACAUGACAGUAAGAUCGUUACGAAACUGUGCUACUACUGUGUAUUUACCGCUUUGUGGCGUUCCCAGGCUGUUUACUACAAUUUAGUUUAAAAAAUAACUUUGUUAAUGAAACAUUUUUUUCAAAUAGCCUUUUUCGAACAAAAACAUUGUGAUUUUUUUUAAAUAAAUGAGUCAAAGUACGUUUUCCCAGUCGUUGAAGUUAAAAUGUUAGAGAAUUGUGUUUUCUUUAUUAGGCAUUAUCAAACUUUAGCCCGAAUACAACGACAGCUAGACCCUUGUGCUCAAAACAGCUGACGAUUCACACUGACUAUUAUAAUUUGUGAUUGCCAUUAGCACAGAAUGUAAAAAAGAAGUGUUUCGAUUGGAGAGUUACUUAAUCAGCCGUUCUGAAAGAUUUCUACUUAUUGUCGUCACACACAGACCUUCAUGGUUUGAAACUAUUAUGAAUAUGAAAAGCACGCCUUGCGUAGCUGCUUACUAAAUUUAUGAAAAUCAAUUAAUUGUAUUACGAUUUCUAUGUUAAUACUCGCUUUUUAUUUGAGUUCAAAAGUUAAGACACAUUGAGAUUAUUCUUUACAAACUAACGAGGAAUUACAUUUGAAAAUUACAAUUUAGACCUGGAAAUGUCUUCCAUACCCAAGGAAAAUUUGGCCAUUUCGUAUCUGAAUAUAAUAUUGUGGUUUGUAUGGGGUUUGUGAAGAUCACACAUCUUUUGUCUUGUCGAAUCACGGUCUGUUUCUGAGGCCUUACACUUAAAAUCAAUAGUCUACGUAUCGUAAAUUUUAUCGUGUCCUUGUCAAUGGCAUUAUAAAACUAUUUAAAUUUGAGUGGGAUGGUCGACGAUGAAGAUUAUGAUGUAUCGAAAGUGGAGUUUAAGGUUAGGGCCCUGAGCAACCGAUUCAUAUUAUUAUUAUGACGUGAUAAUACAAAGUAAUCAACGAAAACAUGGGUGACCAGCUAUUAAAUAAAAUGAUAAGGUAACGGAUUUACUAACGCAAUGCUCCAGUACUUACCUAUUUGUAUGUUUAUAUAAAUGAAAAACAUGUUAAGUCUACAUUUAAUAUGCAAUUUAUAUUAAUCAAGCGUAAUAACUUGCGCUUCCAAAAGGUAUUUAUUCUUUAAUCUAAGUUCAUAAAAAAAUUGUCUUUAUAUAUGACCUUUUGUAAAAGAAGAAUUCAAUUCUAACUUAAUGCUUAACACCUUAAAGCUUAGAUUAGAUAACGCCUUAUUUUUGUUUUUUGUGCAAUCAUUAACAUCGUGCAUUCCCAUGUACAGACAGACUAACAUAUCUUUCUUAUUCUCCUUGAUUUAUUUGUUAUGAAAGUUACAUUGUUAAAGAAAUCAAAAAACACUGUUAAACUCCUUUAAUAAUUCGAUUUUUCCAAACAUUGCGAGUAGCUGGCUUGCGCGUGCGCACCAAUUGUUUCAAGGCGUAUCAUAUGUAAGUAAUUGUGAUAUAACUGUCGGAUAGUGUAUUAUUUCGUAUUUUCAACAAUCGCUUUGAUUACGAACUUACCAAACUGGCCAAAUAAAGGAACUGGAAAAAUAAAGGGCCGAGUUUUUGCGUAGACUAAAUGAUGCCUUACAAAUAGGACGUAAAGUUUUAUUUUGAAGCAACAAUACAGUUAUCUUUGUUAAGGACUAAAACGUCCGUGUCCUUGGUCAUUGAUUAAGGUAACCUAAUUACACAUUUCCAUUAUCUACUAUGGAUUACGGAACGUUGUUUGGACAAUCCUAUUCAAGUAAUUGUAACUUUGUUUACGUUUAUUACAUAAGUAUUUAUUUAAAUAGAUUUUAUGUGGGGCGUGCGUAACCCGGUCCAGUGGAGGUGUUAUUCGAAAUUUUCAAUCUGACUCGCGUCUUAGGACUCUAUGCCGUAUGAAAUAGAGUAGAAUUUUAAUAAUAUUAGUAGAUUGAAAAGUUCGAAAUGACUCACAAUGGACCGUGAAGCAUGAAUAUUAUAUGUUUUGCGAGUGGAUACAAUUAUCAACUGAGAUUUAAGAGGUUCCGUAAAAUGUGAUCUUCUGUGAAGACUGGCAGUGCAGUGAUUGGUGAAACGCGUUUAUGCACAAUGAAGUCACUAUUUGUACAAACCGUUUAAAUGUAUGGGUAUUAUUUAUCUUUACGUAUAAAGUUAUAUAAUUGAUCAUAAUUUUUAGAAUUAUCAAUUUAUUGUGUAAAAUAUAAUAUCACCCCGUUAAAAUUGGAUUGUAAUGGUGACCUUUAUUGUGUUUUAGGGUAUUUGAAUUUAUUUAUUAAAAAAACUUAAAGAUUUUUUU